AUGGCCAUCCGUGCGUCCAAUGCGACACUGCGGACCAAGACUGGAUGCUUGACUUGUCGUGCAAGGCGCAAAAAGUGCACUGAAGAAAAACCACGAUGUCAAAAGUGUACAAAGUCAAAGCGAGUUUGCCAGUGGCCCAAUGAAGACGAUAUGUUCGAUCGUCGUAAUCGGCGGGCGUCAAGAUCACCAUCUCGUGGUCCCGAGUCGCCGGGGGUAUUCUCAGACGAUGGAAAUACCCCGUUGUCGCAAUAUGACGACAGCUUGACAUCGGAGACGCCAUCAUUGUCAAUAUGCCGUGAGCUAUCCAUUAGAUCUGAUCUUGUCAACCCCAAGAGAUUCAGGUCGGAUUUUGAGCUGGCUUGCUUUCAAGAGUUUAUGAGAGACAUGCUACCGCCGCUUCUUCUGUCGCACACUCACCCUGGAUUCCAUGUAGAGCAUUUACCGGAGAUGGUAGAAAUGAUCGUCGACUUCGAUGGUCUGCGAAACAUCGUGCUGGCUUGUGGGGCGACUCGACGGAACGCACUUUCUGAAAGCUCUGAGAUGGGUGAGGUUGAACUAGGCUUCUAUUCAAGGGCCGUUACCGACGUGAAUCACGCCCUAGCCAAAGUGGAUUGGAACAGCGAAGACACGGAUGAUGCGGUUCUGAUGGCAGUGUGCUUCCUAUACAUCCAUGGGGUGUUCUCCGUUGGCACAAACAAGGACAUUCGUAAGCAUCUUAUCGGUGCGAUCCAGUUGAUGAAACUCCGAUGCGCGCAAUCUUCAAGGUCCUUGAUAGCCCGCCCAAUACAUCGCAUAUUGUGGGAGAGUAUCCUUUAUCAAAUCUUCCGGCAAACAGUAAGACAUCCAUUCAAAAAGGACUUUCAACCAGAUUUCGAAUUUUGUGACACGGCGGCUCGGGUGCUCAGCUCACCAACAUUCCCCGAAGCCUCCCUCAGAGACAACAGUCCUGUGAUUGGAUUUCCUAUCGAGCUUUGCACGUUCAUCAUCCGUGUGGUGCAAAUGAGCAGAAUACCCUGCAAGCCCAAGGCUGAUGAAUUGGCAGAGCUCUUGAAGGAAAUGCAAGAGUGGGAGAUGUUGAUCAUCGACGACAUACAUUGCCUGAAUGGAGACCCGAUAUCCCAUGAUACCUCAACAACUGGAGGAAGAAGCGAUUUGUUCCACGAGCAUUCCAUGAGCCUGCAUAUCUUGGCGGUGUCACUUCUCUUAAACUGGGUUACACAAACACAGGAGACAUCUGUACCUGCAACGAGUGGCCUCCCGCCAACCAACGACACAUGGCAGCUUCGUAAAGCACUGCGGAUACUGACUUGCCCACAUGCAAGUAAGGAGUGGACGAAGUGUUAUCUAGGCUCUUGGCCAUCGUUGAUUUUUGGAUACGCUGUGGACAAUCCUGAAGACGUUGAAUUAGUACGACAAGACAUGCGGCAAAGAUUAGGGAGCCUAUAUUGUGGUGAUGACUUGUUGGCAUUAUAUGAAUUAGAGGACGUCUGGCGAAAGCGAGGCAUCAACGAAAUAGCAUGA